GGCAAUGCGAACAGCUGAUCUCUCUACGGGAUCUCAUGUCGUCCGGAGUGAGUUCGAGAUUGGAAAGCAAGGGAUUCUUUUUCUCUUACUUCUGUUCCCGGGCCAGUGUUUCAUCCCGUUGCUCAAGUUCGCGCUUAAGAGUCAUUGGGGAUAUCACACUUCAGCUCAAGGAUGCCUGCGUCGUCACCUCGUUUUGCCGAUUCUGCAUUCAUCCAGUUACCAACUGAACACAUGAGAACAGAGACCUGCAACCCCUUCGCCUUAGUUCGAUCUCUGAUGUGACAUUAUACCUUUAGCUUGGCCUUACAAGUAAACAUUAAUGAGAUCAGUGUUCUGAAAGUGUCCCGAAUCAAGUUUGCAAACCCGCUUGAUCAGUACAACAAGGAGAUUAACCUGUAUCUAGUAGUGCACAUCUCAGGAAGGGACACCUUUUGUGGUUGAACUUCAUCUUUUCUACAGUAUUCCGAAAGGAUGUUUUGCAUGUGAUCAUUGUCAUUGCCAUUGUCAUUUUGCCUGUGGUCAGUGGUGUUUUCUUCCCCGGGUGUCUUCUCAUAUCGAAUCCAGGUGCGAGGGUUACAAAUGAGCAGAUGAUCUGAAAAUAGUUUAAGCAUUAUGCGGCAACUUUAUUUCGCGAUUGGAUUUUAUCUUCGUCUUUACCCUAUAUAGUUCUUUCUUUCAGAGAACUUGAAUCUGUGAAUCUUCGAUCAAAUUUGCAUCGAAGGCAAAUAAAGGUAUCAAAUUGGAUACACUUUUUUAUCCAGCAAAGGGUGACCAGUUUCGCGUUUUGGCAUCUUUGGUGGAUUACGACAUAAACAAUUAAAUUGGAAGAAGACAUAAUUAUACUUCAAUGGUUGGCAUUGGUAUAAGCUCUACUAUAUAUAGCUUUAAAACUGAUAAUAUCUCAUCAUUGCAAAAGAUUAAGAAAGAUAGCUAUCUUUUAUUGAUAACUGGAUAGCCUUAGGCCUCUGUUUGAGGCAGACGGAGUUUUUCAGUUGUCUGUUAGCAAUAGAAACAUCAUCCAAAGUUUCCGCUUGCCAUCGCAUUGAGAAAAUAUCAAAUAGUCCGGAGGGAGCACCUCACUAGCAGUGUUUAUCAAGAUGUACUAUUCAUUCGUCGGAAGCAUCAUUUCAUCGAAGUACUGAGGAUGAGCUAUUAAACAACGGGUUUUAGAGCGAAGCCUUUGGCAUAAUUGAAGCAUCUUGCCUUACGGAAUCUGUAUCGGGAUAUAGCCACAUUUUGGAGAUUCUCUUUUGUCAACUGUGGGACGAGUCUGAGAGGAUAAAGAAAAGAAUGGGGAUCCUUGAGUGGAAAAUAUGGUUGAUAUUACCAGCUCUUUCCUGUGCUUACGUUCUCGGACAAGACAUGGUGAACGUAAGAGGGUGCCCUACUAACAUCAAUGUCGGAACUGAUCAAGGCAAGAAUGUAGCCAGUGUGGAAUGGACCGAGCCCAAGUUUACUGACAACGAAGAGCAGAGAGUCAUACCUCUAAGAUCGCAUGCACCUGGAGACAAUUUCUUUGUAGGUCAAACAACAGUUAGAUACACAGCUUACUUCAUGGGCACCAAGGCAUCGUGUGCUUUUAAUAUCGCUGUGCAAGACAGAGAAGCGCCAGUAUUUUCAUCAUGCCCAUCGAGCGUGGUCACCACCACUGACCCAGGAGAACCAUUUGCUUCCGGGGUCACGUGGGAAAGGCCCUCAGCGACAGAUAACAUCCGAUUGGCUGACUUCCGUUCGAAUUCACCAAUAGGAUCACGGUUCCUAAUGGGCGUGACCAAAGUGACAUACUGGGCUACUGACCCGAGCGGCAACAGAGGAGAAUGCAGAUUUAAUGUUAUAGUGGAAGAUAGGGAAAACCCAACACUCCAUCAGUGUCCAUCGAACAUGGUGGUUAACGCCAACCCGAAGGAGACGAUUCGGAGUAUAAACUGGACCGAACCCGUGGCUCGGGACAAUUCGGAGGUCGCUCGGGUAACUUCAACCCAUCGUAAUGGAUCGUUGUUCGCUCUCGGAACGACACACGUACGAUAUACGGCCGAGGACUACUCGGGAAACACCGGCACCUGCUCGUUUUUCGUCACAUUGAGGGUCAGAGUGCCAGACGACAAGAUCUUCAUCCGUAACUACACCGCUACGUCCAUCGACAUAGCGUGGCCGGAGACGUCUGACCCAAAGGCAUCAAGCUACCUCAUCUACGUAUGGCCAUCAGGCGGAAGGGAGCCCUCUGCGUCAAACCAUCUUUACCAUGCUAUCAACAGGAUUGAGAGCUUUGCGUCAAGACGCCUCAGUUCAUUGAUGGUAGGAGUAGAGUAUGACAUCAAGGUGGUGGUGACGGGUGCGAACCACGUGAUGAAAACCACACAGAGAACCAGUCCUGCCCCUCCUCACAAUGUAUCAAUUAUACCGGGUAGUAUCACUCCAGUCGCAUUCAAGUUACUGUGGAAGCCGGGUAACGGUUCCUUCGAAAGUCACGAAAUCACGGUUAGUCGGUUAUUCGACAGGAGCGUCAUCUUCUCCAAGUAUGUAGAGAAGAAUGUCAACUCACUCCAGGUAACCGGUUUGGAACCGUACACAGGUUACAAGGUUUCGAUUCGCACUGUAAGCGGGUAUUCAACUGGUAUAACAAGGAGCGAGGAAAUGUACAUGUUUGCAAAAACAGCCUUAAUGCCUCCAUCCGGGAUACUUGUCCGUGAGAUGACUGCAGACACUAUCAUUAUAAUGGGAAAUACCAACCCAUACGAUGACGACGACAACGAUGACGACGGAAGUGAUAACGAUAGCAUCUUCGACCCCAUAGAUAUGACGUCGCAAAACAGCGAUGCACACAUUCUUUUCAUUUACUCCGAAAAGGGAGAUUUGUUUACGGAUGUAGUCUUCAACCAAGGCGUCUGGAGUUAUACGUUUCGUGAUCUGAAUCCGGUCACGAGCUACACAAUCAGGGUGGUAAAUAAUCAAAAUGGCAUCGCGUUUGAGACAAAUUCAACUACAAAACCAGCACCAGUGACCGAUCUAUUCAUAUCUGCCAUUGAUAGCUCCUCGGCGACCGUCCAAUGGGCACACGCUAUUGGAUCACGUGACAGAUAUGAAAUCACUCUUUCUCCAACACCAAAACACACGCAUCGGACUAUGCCAAUCAGAACUCGGAAUGACGUCAUUACUUUCACCGGUUUGGAAGCCGGAACUACUUACGAUAUGCGCAUUAUUACGCGAAAGGGCAUUUUAACCAGUGAGGACAGACACUUAAAGCUAACGCCAGGAAGAGAUCAAGCAGUGUCCAUGUACAGAGCAAGAGAAAGCACUUGUCUGUCACCAAUCAUCGCAUGUGGGUUGCUUGGUGCAGCACUUCUGGUCUGCCUGCUUUACUUCAUCGCAGUCUUUAUCUUCAGUAGAAACUUUCCAGCGAAACUCCGUACUCGUCGCCCAUCCGAGAACGAGUACGAGAACCCUUCACAACACCAGUACUCUUCCUACCUGAACUCGCUGAAUACCCGGGUAGCCCUGAUGAGAAGACCGGAAAGCAAUAACUACAACCAACCUUACCACGUCAGGGCCAGUAGGACGUUAAGUAGGUUACCAAGAAGAUCAAGGACUCAACACACGUUGCACAGGACGCAGAGUGAAUCGGUGAUUUAUUACAACCUAUCAGACUGACAAUACUGACGAUCUUCAAGUUAAAAAGGAGUUCAUUUGCAGUACACCCUAUAUUAUGUAUGUAGGUUUGCGUUCAUGGGAAUCUAGUGGAGUUGUCUUCAAGUCCUUAACAUCACAUUCAACUGGGUUCGAGUCCUAGCAGAAAUCGAUGAUUAACUUUAAAUUUCCCAGAAGCGAUCAAGAAGGAUAAUUCGUCCGCACGCAUCACUAAGAAUGCUAAGUGAAUUGAUGAAUGCUGCUUGGAUAAUCAUCCAAUGUCUAUUGUCCUGAUUGUCGUGAGAACUGCUUAUGAUCAUAGCAAUUUAAUUCAACAUGAUAGAUCGAGUAUAUUUGAGUGUCCGUCUUUGAAUCCUUUGAGUUGACAUUUUCUUUGGACGAAAUGUAUCAUAAUUUUACUGUAAUACAUGUCUAUUAACAGAGUAACUGCAAACACAAUAAGUGUUACAUUCUUUGCCGAUUGAAUAUUGCAUGUAGGCCAAGGAAUACCUUCACAUGCAAUAGGCAUGAGCUGGAAAACAUAUAUCUUCGCGACUCUAGCUAUCUACAUAUAGGUCUGUUUAAUGAAG